AUGCAAUCACUGAAAAACCUAGACCUGCUGAAGACCAUUGCUGCACCCUCAGAGAAGGAGAAUGGCGCCAAGACGAAGGUGCAACCAAACCUGGCGGAGUUGCCCAGGCGGGCGCGACAUUGGGAAACAAAGCAUAUUUCACCAAUGGAACAGCUCGAAAGGUGGUCCAAAUCAGCCUUAUCACGAGUGCCGGACCCACUGACAAGGCACCAGGAACUGCGGCUAGAUGCAAUUCAACUCAUCGCUCUAAUGAUCCUGCGGCCCAAAUUGAGUCUCUCACUUUUGCUGACUGCCUGGCUGAUCCUG